UUCGAACUGCGCAGCUUGCUGUACUGACCUCGGCUAGCGAGUCGGGGAUGUUACGUGCUUUCGCUCUGCCACUUACGUAAGCCCUGCGUCGCAAGGCUGUGUCCGUUCAGCUGCCUGUCGUGUCGGACGUGUGGCGACCCUGGGUCGCGCCGUGUCGCGCGCUCGGCGUUUCUCGGGUCGAGAGAGAGAGAGAGAGAGGGACAUGGACGCGGGCCAGGUGCUGCAGCAGCAGCUGCUGCGGGCGGCCGAGGUGGUGGAGGAGCAGCUGGAUGACGAGCUGCGCAAACUGGACCGCCUCGACGAGGACGGCAUGGAGGAGCUACGAGAGCGCAGGCUCCGCGCGCUCAAGAAGCAGGCGGAGCAGCGCCAGCUGUGGCUCUCCGCGGGCCACGGGGAGUACUCGGAGCUCCCGGAGGAGAAGGAGUUCUUCGAGGUGACCAAGAAGUCAGCCAACGUGGUGUGCCACUUCUACAAGAACGACUCGCCGCGCUGCAAGAUCGUGGACCACCACCUGAGGGCGCUGGCCCGGUCCCACGUCGAGACGAGGUUCGUCAAGCUGGACGUGGAGCGCUGCCCCUUCCUGACAGGCCGGCUGCGGAUAAAGGUGAUCCCGACGCUGGCGCUGGUGAAGGAGGGCAAGACCAAGGACUACGUGGUGGGGUUCACGGACCUGGGCAACCGCGACGACUUCUCCACCGAGACGCUGGAGUGGCGCAUCGCGCAGGCGGGCGUCAUCAGCUACGCGGGCAGCCUGCUGGAGCCGCCCGACGAGAGCCGCCGGCGGCCAGCCGACCUGCUGGGCCGAGGCGGGCCCAAGAAGACCAUCCGCGGGCGGGACGACUCGGACGACUCUGGCGACGACCUGUGAACCCACUCUCUCGUUCUCUCGUUCUGCUCGCAACUAACGCUUGCUACUCAAUCACCAGCUGUGAUUCAGCCCUGAUAACAACUAAAUUAAUGUUUCACAUUCAUAUGUAUUUUUGCCUUUUUCAGCAAGUUUGCACGCCGAGAAAUUUAAAAUAAUUCCCAAAACUAAACACGUACCGUAGUGACUUUAUAAUUAACAGGACUGCUGCUCAAAAAUAAGUUGUUUAGUGAUUUGUGCUAAUAUUUAACAAAUUCAAAAAAAAAAAAAAAAUUAGUUCUUAAGUACAAUGUUGUAAAACUUGUUACUGUUUUCUAUUUUAAAAAAAAAAUUUUUGGUACACAA